AUGGGCAGCGUUGAGAACAACCGAACACGGCCAGAAUUCUGCCAAUUACCUUUGCGGAGUGGCGACCCAAAGUAUUCAGCAUGGGGCCUCUGGGGCGAGAAUGAUGAGUUGGGAACACUCAAUCUUCUGACACCUGCCAUUGUCAAAGAUGCCGCCAAAGAGAUUAUCACUGGCACACAGAUUGUUCUCAAUCUAUCUGUUGAUGCAUUCAGCCAACCUAUGAAUCCGGUGAGGAAGCCAUGCAGUCAUAGAAUCAUUGCUAAAGGCCAUGCCAAUGACGAUGAGAUUGGUAUUCAAAACCUUUCGAAGCGAGGCAUCGUCGGACGAGGAGUGCUGCUGGAUUGGGCUACAUAUGCCGACGACAUGUGCAUCAACACAACAUCCCCUUUUGAGGCUUUCGAAAUCCCCCUCUCGCAAUUAAAAGCAGUCGCUGCACAACAAGGAACCACCUUUUGCAACGGCGAUAUCCUCUUCAUCCGCACCGGAUGGUUGAAGGCGUAUCGGAGCCUAAGCCUUAAAGAGCAAGCCGCACUACCUCACAGAAAAGUGCGGACAUCUUGUGGCGUAGAGGCAUCUGAAGAGAUGAUGAAAUGGCACUGGGAGAACCAAUUCUCUGCUGUCGCAAGUGACACAGUGGCCUAUGAGGCUUGGCCCAGUCGUCGGCCAGCUGGUGUUGCCCUCCAUGAGGUGUUUCUUAGUGGCUAG